AUGCCUUCCGCGCCGCUGCUUGUCCCAGGUGAAAAGUCACGAGAUGUCUCAACUGCAAGUGUGACUCUUGACGCAAAGGAGGCUGUCGACAUUGCCCAGGGACUCGAGGAGAAUGUAUUUCUAUUCGUCCCUAAUCUUAUAGGGUAUACGCGUAUCAUUCUCGCUGCCGUUGCACUCAACUAUAUGCCGUACAAUCCCUCGUUUGCAACAGUCUUAUAUGGUCUAAGUUGCCUUCUGGAUGCCGUAGAUGGACAUGCAGCGCGUCUCUUGCACCAGACAUCGCGGUUUGGGGCCGUGUUGGACAUGAUUACAGACAGAUGUACCACCUCGGGUCUACUUUGCUAUCUUUCCUCUGCAUAUCCGUCAUAUGCUCUCGCGUUCCAGGCCCUCAUUGCGCUCGACUUUAGUUCACACUAUGUUCAUAUGUAUAGUACUCUAUUAACUGGUUCAAAGAGCCACAAGGUUAUAGAGACCGACGUUAGCCGCGUCCUUAGUUUCUACUAUAACAACCCUAUGAGCGAAUCUUGGGAUCGUACACCGCCGCUAACCUUUAGCAAGACGACGCUUUUCAUCUUUUGCGCGUGCAAUGAACUCUUCUUCUUUGCACUCUACCUCAUGAAAUGGGAUAAUACGCCUCUCAACCUGCCAAUACUCCCUCCCUUUGGUCUUAUCCCUGGCUUGGCGACUUGGGUUGCCAGCUUGACCUUUGCGAAAAUCCUCGCCUUGAUUACAUUCCCCAUCUGCUUUGGCAAGAACGUGAUCAACGUUGUGCAGGGUUGGAAGGCGAGCAAGAUUCUUGUGGGCGUCGAUCUUGCGGAGCGUACCAAGAUGCGAGAUAGAGAGCGCCAGGAGCGUGCUCAGAAGGAGGUCAAAUGA